AUGUCCAAAUGUUUAAUGUGUCCAAAUUCUCAACAGGCUCGUGGCUUGUCACAAAACGGUGUGCGUCCGCAACCGCAACCUCCUCUUCCCUUGACACAGCAACCCGUUGCUUCUAUUUCACUUCAAUCUCAACAGGUUCGUGGCUUGUCACAAAACGGUGUGCGUCCGCAAAUUGCUACAAGAACUUCUACUUCCCCCAUAUCGCAUUCCCGUCAAAAUGUUGUACCGAUUCAAACUGUACAAUUGGCACAAACAUAUACUGCUGACACACGCAUUCAACCUUCUAUGAGCAAUGGUGCUGUUAGUUCGACCACUCAACGUCCUCCAUUCAGUUCGUUUAUGGGUCGUUCAUCACAAUCGGCGUCCACUCCAAACUCACGUCCCUCUACCGUCGUUACUUCGAAUAAUACUCAAAUAUCAACACUGGUAAAUAAUAGCUCGCAUCCUACACAAAAUUCACAUCCACCUCGAUCUCCUAUUCUGCAAAAUGGUCAAUCGUCAUCUUCGCAACUUUUGCAAACGAAUCAUCAUGCGCCACCAAAUAUACAAGUUCCUCUGUCACAACAAUCGCAGCCACGUGCUCUAACACCGGCUGUAAAUUUGACGCAAUUGUCGCGUCCAUCAACGCCACAGCAGCGGCAUUCUCAUCUACCAUCAACGAGUUCUCCGCAAUUAUUGGCGUCAUCUUCGUUAACUUCACCUGUGCCUGUUACAGCUGCUGCAAAGGUACUUGAAUGGGCUGCAUCUCAAAAUGGUGUUGAUCAUCAUGAACCGGAGGAAUUAACAAGAUAUAUCAAACAGGAACCUAUUGAAGCUUCCGAUAUGAGGAUAAAGCGUGAACAUACCGAUGAUGAGGAUAGCAGCUCGAAAGAGGAAAUUGGAUUCACUCCGCACAAUCGUGGAAAUAAACUUAAGAGACGCGCUGAAGCUUUAAAUGGCGGUCCCAAAUUAAAGGCGCCAUAUGGAUAUCAUGAAGAUUUGGAAUAUAUUGACCCUCCUAGUGGAAAAAGACGUCAUAUUAUCUACCGAAUUCCACAAUCAUCGGAAACAUUAUUGCCGUUCAGCGGAGACGAGGAAGAAAAUCCAUAUAAAGAAGUUAGUAUAAAAGAUAUUCUUGGUCCCUUAGAAACGCCCGAAGAUAUAAUUAGGCGCCCAGCAUUGAAAAGGGUAUUAAGAGAUUUAAGGUUAAAUAAACUUGCGCAACAAUUUUCGCAAAUGAUAGAGGAUGAACAUCGGUACAACAAAAUUCUUACCAGAUUAUAUAAUAUACUCCAAGGAGAUGAUCCGAUGUAUCAAGAGCUGGAUUUCAGGAUCAAUCCAUUACCCGAAACUGUAACCACUCGCGUUUCAAAAACCGAAAAAUCUGAAGGUGGUAGUGGUUUCGGUGUGUUGAAUAUGGGCUUACAGGGAAAUGAGAGUAUCAAAGGUAAAAGAGCGUUGGAGGGAAAAGACGAUGGACUAGAAACGCUUAAAGAAAUACGUGAAAAAUUAUUGGAGCAACUUGAUUUUAGUGGUCAGUUUCUAACAAAAUUGACAAGCGCAAGAGCCGGAAUAGUGGGUGCCUGUAAACAAAAAGAACGAUUAUAUAUUCGAAUGAAGGAGCGAGAAAAAGUAUUAAGAGAAAAUCAUAAUUCUGCAUCUACGCCAUCAUCUAAUACACACGAACUUAACAAUCAUCAGCAACCUAAUCCACCCUCAUCUAAUGUGCAAGGUUCGACUUCCACAACGACGGCAAAUACAUCAUCACAACAUAAAGACAGGAGGAGUACAAAAACGAAAGGUAAACGUCGUGCAAAAUAA